AUGAAAGUUCCGACGUCACCAAAAACUUCAGUGAACGUAGGAUAUUUGAAUCAUUGUUAUGAGUUUAUGGCGACAAUUCAGCAAAGGUACACACGUGUUUUAAUUAAAGAACGAAAAAGUGAUAAAGAUAAAACCGGAACAACAGCAACAACAUCCUCAAAAUACUUUUUAAACAACAAUACAAAACAGUCAAAGAAAUGUAUCAGUUCUAAUAAUUACAUAAAGCACAUUGACAACAACAGUGCGUCGAACAGAGCAUAG